AGGCCUCCGUCGUCCCCUAGAGGUGUCGGGGCUUGGCCCCAGCCUCCAUCUUCUCCCAGGAUGGCGAGCAGCAGCGGCUCCAAGGCCGAGUUCAUUGUCGGAGGGAAGUACAAACUGGUGCGGAAGAUCGGCUCUGGCUCCUUCGGGGACAUUUACCUGGCGAUCAACAUCACCAACGGCGAGGAAGUGGCAGUGAAGCUAGAGUCUCAGAAGGCCAGGCAUCCCCAGUUGCUGUACGAGAGCAAACUCUAUAAGAUUCUUCAAGGUGGGGUCGGCAUCCCCCACAUACGGUGGUAUGGUCAGGAAAAAGACUACAAUGUGCUCGUGAUGGACCUGCUCGGACCCAGCCUCGAAGACCUCUUCAACUUCUGUUCCAGAAGGUUCACAAUGAAAACUGUACUCAUGUUAGCCGACCAGAUGAUCAGUAGAAUUGAAUAUGUGCAUACAAAGAACUUUAUACACAGAGACAUUAAACCAGAUAACUUCCUAAUGGGUAUUGGGCGUCACUGUAAUAAGUGUUUAGAAUCUCCAGUGGGGAAGAGGAAAAGAAGCAUGACUGUUAGUACUUCUCAGGACCCAUCUUUCUCAGGAUUAAACCAGUUAUUCCUUAUUGAUUUUGGUUUGGCCAAAAAGUACAGAGACAACAGGACAAGGCAACACAUACCAUACAGAGAAGAUAAAAAUCUCACUGGCACUGCCCGAUACGCUAGCAUCAAUGCACAUCUUGGUAUUGAACAGAGUCGCCGAGAUGACAUGGAAUCAUUAGGAUAUGUUUUGAUGUAUUUUAAUAGAACCAGUCUGCCAUGGCAAGGACUCAAGGCUGCAACAAAGAAGCAAAAAUAUGAAAAAAUUAGCGAAAAGAAGAUGUCCACACCUGUGGAAGUUUUGUGUAAGGGGUUUCCUGCAGAAUUUGCCAUGUACUUAAACUAUUGUCGUGGGCUGCGCUUUGAGGAAGCCCCGGAUUACAUGUACCUGAGACAGCUAUUCCGCAUUCUUUUCAGGACCCUGAAUCACCAAUAUGACUACACAUUUGAUUGGACAAUGUUAAAGCAGAAAGCAGCACAGCAAGCAGCCUCUUCAAGUGGGCAGGGUCAGCAGGCCCAAACCCCCACAGGCAAGCAAACUGACAAAACCAAGAGUAACAUGAAAGGUUUCUAAGCAUGAAUCGAGGAACAGAAGAAGCAGAGCAGAUGAUCGGAGCAGCAUUUGUUUCUCCCCAAAUCUAGACAUUUUAGUUCAUAUGUACACUAGCCAGUGGUUGUGGACAACCAUUUCCUUGGUGUAAAGAACUUCAUUUCAGUAUAAACUGGCUCUGGGCAGCACUGGUGAUACUGCGUCCCGAGUUGUAGCCGCUGUAAUUGUGAAUAUUAACUGAGAUAGUGAGACAUGGUGUCCAGUUUUCUAUUGCAUUUUUUCAAGUGGAAAAGUUAACUGAGUGGUUGACACACACAAAUUGGUGGACAGAUUGUGCAUAUGCCAAUUUUUUUGUUAAAACCUUUUCUUUUGAACUAUACUGCUUUGAGAUCUCACUUGAGAAGAACGGCAUGAACAGUCUUCAGCCGCAGUUGUGAUGGUUGUAAAUGCUCACAGCUGUGCGUUCUUAGGGUUUCUUCAUCCCUGGGGUUUGCAAGUUGUUCACUUAAAACAUUCUUAACAUGGUUGGCUUCUUGUGUGCAAGCCAGCUGAUAUGGUAGCAACCAAAGAUUCCAGUGUUUGAGCAUAUGAAAGACUCUGCCUGCUUACCUGUGCUAGAAAUAACAGCAUCUAAAGUGAAGACUUAAGAAAAACUUAGUGACUACUAGAUUAUCCGUAGGACUCUGCAUUAACUCUAUAAUGUUCUUGGUAUUAAAAAAAGCAUAUUUGUCACAGAAAUUUAGUUAACAUCUUACAACUGAACAUGUGUGUAUGUUGCUUAGAUAAAUGUAAUCACUGUAAACAUCUAUAUGAUCUGGGAUUUUGUUUUUAUUUUGAAAUGGGAGCUCUUUUUUGUUUACAAGUUCAUUAAAAACUAAAAACUGUUUCUGUAAGGAAAUGAGAUUUUUUUAAAAACAAAAAAAAAAUGCCUUGCUGACUCACUAUGAAAUCAAAAUCUCCCCAAUUUUUACGAGACUAUUUCAAGCCAUUUGUUAUGUAAUUAUCCUUUGCAAAUCAUUUUAGAUUUAGUACGAGGACUUCUCAAAUGUUUUUAUUUAAAAAUUUUUUUCCCUUGAAGCGAAAGGCAUUCUUAUCAUUUUCUUUUUUUAAUGACUUGCAGGCACAAGACCUAGUGCUGCAGCCCCAAGGGCCAGGACUUGGUAUUGUAACUCCUGCAGCCUCAGACGAACAGCUGGACUGAUUGUGAAUAAGAAUGAAAGCGUUAAAGGGUUUAACUGCGAAAUGAAGCUUUUCUUUAAAUUCCUUGCUAAUUGGAUCUGAGGAGGUUGACUCCGAAACUUUGGAAAAGCAUCUACCCUACCCUGUGAGGUUCUGGGAUUGCCAGCCCUCCCUGGCUGCACUUCAUCUCAAUCCUAAUAUGUGGCUCUUUUCUCUUUCUGACCCAAGAAAAAGAAAAGCUAAGUCAUUCUUUAGUGUAAUUUAUUCAUUUAUAGCAUGUCCAGAUAAAUUAAAAGAACUUUUGUCUGAAAAAUGCUGCCAGGCGCCUAUUGUCUAAAUGUAGGGUAUUUUCUAAAAUAACCUUGAAAUUGUAAAUUGACACGUGUUUGAUCAGAUUGUGUCAGGUUUAAUUUGUUCCUUUUUUUUUUUUUUUGAAAACCACGUUAGCAAUAACGACUUCAGUGACUAACACGUUCUGCCAUGAAAGGAUCUCUGCUGGCACCAUCACGAGUGUGAACUUGGGGGAGGCAGCUGCUUUGUUUUGUUUCCUUUCUCUCCACCUCUGUCGGUUAAGGUACUUGUUCCUCGACUAAUAAACCCUUUGAUACUUUUAGCCAGAAAUCAGUCUCAUAAAGCUAUUUUUGAGUAUAGUUUGUGUAAAAUAAAAAUGUUUAGCUUUGGUAAUGACUUUUCCAAGCUGAACUCCCUCUAGCAAGAUAUUUUUCAGUGCUUUUAUUUACUAUGCACUUAGACUAUGCACUUUUUCUGAAAUAUUUUUGUAACACUUAACUUUUUUGUAUUUUGCCAUUGGAAAAGGUUGUGGUGUAGUUGGUCUGUAAUUAAUUACGUUGCAGAUGUAAAACUGCUGUUAGCUUUGUAAAUCAAAAGAUAGGUGUUUUGUCCUGGUAUAUUGUCAUUCCAUUAUCUUCACAGUUCACACAAGAAGAAUGUGAAUUUCAGUGAAUGCUGUUACUAAUCCUGUCGGGAGAUGAAUCUCAUUUCACCAAAUUAAAUUAUGUUUUUCCACUAAAAUGAUGGUACAAGUUGAAGACACAUCACUUUGAAAUUGGACGACCUCACCACUUGAGCCCCGCGGUGGCUUCCUCCGCCGAACUCGAGGUUACUCUUGAUUUGUGCACCCACUGGGGGUGCAGUUCCUCUAAAUGUUGGGAGAUGGCCAUUCUAACUACUGUUGAAUGUCUCUGUUUGGGAAGGUAUAACAAGAAAAUAAAAAGAAUAUACAUGAA